CUCAUUAGUGAAAAACUCCCACCUUUUGGUAUUUUCCCAGAUUUUCCUCGUUAUCCUGUGAGAUUAAGCGUUAGUUGUAGUGCCAGCCGCGACUUUUCCACCACAGGGUGUGCCGUGAAAAUGAGCGCAACGGCAGAAAAAGACCCUAAACAGAAGGGCGACAAGCCCAAGGAGCUGUUCCCGUUGAACAUCAAAAUCAAGCAGGAGAAAACGACCAGCUAUGAAGACUCGAGCAAAUCGGAAACGGUGGACAAACUGUCGAUCGAUGUGAACCUUACGAACAUCUUUUCCACAACCAUCACAAGCAGUGGCGGCGGGGCAGCGACCGAGAAGGGCUCCGAUACGGUGGACGUGAAACCGUCGCUCGAACCGCUCAAGUCGUCGAACGAGAUCCUGACGGAGCUGUUCCGUGUUUUUAAUGCGGCCCCACCCGAGAUAGCGAUGAUCGAGGAUGACUCGAAUGAGGCAACCGAGCUGGAAAAGAAAAAGAAGAAGCAUAAACACAAGAAGAAGAGUAAAAAACGGAAGGAAAACCUCAGCGAUGAAGGGGAACUGGCGGAGGAGGGUGAAGGAAAAUCGGAAGGGCACGGGCCGGAUCCCACAUCAGACGAAGGUGAACCGACGAGGGUGAAGAAGAAGAAAAUUAAAAAGGAUAAAGACCGUGACCGGAAGCAUAAACGAAAGCGGCACCGCGAGGAAACGCUGCUCGUCACGAUCAAGCAGGAACCAGUUGAUGAUUAUGAGAAACCAGGCAAAGAUCACCAUCACCACGGGAAGCACGGAAAGGAUAAACGGGAGGAGAAAGAGGAAAGCAGCGUCAAGGAGAAGGUGGAAAAGGUGGAGAAGGUGGAAGAAUCCCGACCGCUGAUGAAGGGUAAGAUACAGAUUAAAAGUCUGAAAAAUAGCUCCAUCUUUAAGGAACUAGCCAAAAGUGGUUCAUCGGAUACAAAGCAUGAGCAUGAGCGCCAGCGACACGAGGACGAUCGCGAUCGCGAACGAUCCUCCUAUCGGGGAGAGCGCAGUGAAAUGCGCAAACGGCACCGGUCCGAUUCGGACUUCUCCCUCUCGGACGACGAGAAGAACCGGGGCCAGAAACGGUAUUACGAUUUCUACCAAAAGAAGUACAACUCGUUCUAUGCGAGCUACGAGGAAGAAAACGAACGGAAUAAGCACGAGCGUAAGCGACACAAGAGAAGCGAGGAUCGGGAUCGGGAUCAUCGUGAUCGUAGGCAUCGGUCAUCGGGUUCACACUCGUCACGGUCCCGGUCCCGUUCGCCGGAACAGUUCGACAAGCAGAAGCUACUUGAGAUCGCACAAAAGAACGCCAUCAGUAUGAUCAAGAAGGGAACGUUACCGGGAGUCCAAAACCUGGAUGGAGAAUCAAAGACCAAGCUCAUCUCGAUGGUGCGCACGAGUGGCAAGAGCGUCGAGGAGCUAACCGAGUACUGCAAGAAGCUAUCCCACAAAGACAACAGCAACGAUCUGUCGAGCGUGUCUUCGGACGAAAGUGAUCACGAUGCGGACGGUGGUAGCAAAGCGUUUCAUCAUCCGUUUCAGCUCAAGGAGCAGGCUCCGAUUGUGAUGAACAUCCGCAACGCGACCGCUCUGCAGCCUAAAUCGGCCGAAGAGAAGAAGGCGCUACUGAUGCAGUUCCCGGUUUCAUCCGGUAUUCCACAUCGCGCCACGGAGAAUGAAUGGAUUCCGGUCGAGCCGAAGAAAGCACCACCACCGGGAAAAGCGCAACCACCAUUCGCCACUCCGGGGAAUAAACCGAAACUUCCGAAAAACAUCCUGCCACCGUCUGCUAACUUUGUGCCACAGCAAUCGCAACCGACCGUCACGAUGGAAUACGGUAUAUUGGCACCUGGUCAGUUGCCUACAGCGACAAGCAGCGCAACGAUCACUCAACAGAAUCCGGCCCCUCUUGUCGGACCGGGUGCGGCUAUGAAUGCUGGUGUACCACAAGCCACAUCAGCUGUACUCGGGCCAAUGUUUGAGAAUGCUCAGGUCUACCCAGCGGCACACGUUGCUCCGGUGAAUCAACAACUGCAGCAACAACAUCCGACGCCGUUCGGUAAUAGACCACAGCCCGAUCCUUCAUUAGCUCUUCCCGUAGAUACGAGUAUUCCUCCUCCGAUCAUACCGUCACCGCUCAUUGCGUCUCGACCUACCGAUAAUCAGCACAUGGGCCCACGACCGGAUCAUCCACAUAUGGGCCCCCGGCCAGAUCAUCCUCAUAUGGGCCCACGACUGGAUCAUCCUCAUAUGGGUCCACGACCGGAUCAUCCACAUGCGGGACCACGUGCGGACCAUUCACAACCCUAUCCUCCCGUUCGGCACACAGGUGGACCUUCCGGAUCGGCGGCACCCAAUGGGCCAACAAACGUAAACGUAUUUAAGCCACCAUCGGAAGGACAACAGCUCGAUGUGGCACAGAUCGUAAGCCAAAGGUUGAACGCGAUGCGGAAACUGCAAGAGAACCCCACCGAUCCCGAUGCCC